UAAUUUUUGUUUUAUAAAUAUAAAAACACAAAAACACCAGAAGUACUAGACAACCCUCCCUCGGUUUCCAACUCCUUUAUUUCUCAUCACAAUUCACAACACACACUUCCAAUCUCUCUCCCAAAAAACCAUAUAUAAAAAACAAAGAAAACCCAGAUACAAAAAAAACACCCAAAAGCUCAAAACCAAUUAAUACUCAGAAACUUGUUGAAGGAACAAAGCAAAGAAUGAGUUAUUACAAUCAGCAACAACCCCCUGUUGGUGUUCCUCCCCCACAAGGUUAUCCAUCUGAGGGAUAUCCCAAGGACGCUUAUCCACCACCGGGAUAUCCACCACAGGGAUAUCCACCACAACAGGGAUAUCCCCAACAAGGAUAUCCUCCACCUCCAGCCUAUGCUCCUCAGUAUCAACAGCCUCCUCCUCAACAACAGAGUAGCGGUGUUGGCUGCAUGGAAGGCUGUUUGGCUGCUUUGUGCUGUUGCUGUCUCUUGGAUGCCUGCUUCUGAUGAGAGCCAAUAUUGCAGCAAAUAGAUUGAAGCAAGAACAAUCAUGUCGCGUAGAGAAAUUCGAUUCCCAAUCUAUUUGUCAAAUACUUGGUCUAUCUUCGAUUGUCUAGUAGUAUUGUUAUUUUUCGUUUCUGACUGUUUAUCAUUUUUAAUAAUAUGAACCUUCUGUGUGCCAA